GCCGGCAAGGAAGUUUUAUGUGCUUCCGGGUUUAGCGCUGCUGAUGGAAUUGCGUCAGUGUAUGAAAUGUCACAGACAGUUUUGCUUUGAAAACGGCAGCAGGUAGCCUAGGUUAUGCUUUCAGUUUGAAUAGAAAUCUUAUACAGUACAGUUUGUCGAUCUAAAAUGGUAAUUGUGCAUUAACAGCUGUCAACCAUGUCGGUACGCAAAUGCGCUGUCAAAACUUAUUUACGCAGCGCAUUUUUAAUUUUGGUCAGGCAUGCGGACCUGCGGACCACUUAUGUGCACCCCUGUCUAUAUACAAUAAACAUUAGUGCUGUCAAAAUUAAUGAUUAAUCCAAGUGAUUAAUAAACUCAAUCCUGAUACCUUCCUGGUUUGUACUAUGCUCAAUUCUAUAGCUAAUGGCAACAAUGUCACAUUUAACUUGAAGAUGUAACAAACACUUUGGACUCAAUCCUGUAUGUGCAACAACAAAGUAAUCUACAUUAGUUACGUUUCGCUCGAGUUCUCUUCUUGAGUCUCUGCCACGGACAUCUUCGUACGUCUGCUGUGUCCAGUGUUGUGGGUAACGAGUUACAAAGUUAGUAUACUUAACAUUGUCAAUCGCAAACGCUAAUUUAUUCAAACGUCUCUCUACCGAACUACUUAUUGUAGCUUAAUUUGCGGAAGACGAAGAGAAAGCACCCUUUUGAUAAAUGAGCCAGUAGUGGAGAAAUAAUAACUUUUAAUAAAUAAUCUUUUUUGAGUAACGACCCCAACACCAUGUCCUUGUUGGAGUGUGACGUGAUUUGUGUCAUGUGCAUGUGCGAUGGAUCGCGUACAAACCAAUAGGGUGUCGGAAUGGUAUAUAUACUUCUCAUCCAACCGCAAUCAAAUUCACUUUAUCCGGAUGGCGCGAUUUAUCUGGAUAGGUGUUUUUUUUUUUUUUUGGCGGAUGACUAUGGAAUUAGAUUUGUGCCAAAUAAAACGAACGAAACUUUUGCGAAAUCGAACAAAAAUAUGCAUUGAUAAAUGAGAAAAACGGUCUAGAAAAUAAAAACAUUCAACUAAAUAGCAAAAAAAGUAACAUCGUCUACAAAUAAACUGCAUUCUUUGUUGACUUCACUUUGAGCUUCACUUUCGCUAAACGCAGUUUUGAAUGCGCUGCCAGAGUUUUCGUUUUCGCUUUCCAAGUUUUUGUUUGCGCCUCGCAAAUUUACGUUCGCCAUUCUGGCACAAACCUCUCGUGAGGGCGGGCUUAACAGCGGUUCGCUCUGAUUGGCUCGUGAGAUUUUGAUCGGCGGCUCAUUGAACCGGAAGUAGUGUUUCAGUUGCGCGGGCGCAUGUCUGGACUGUGGAGCUGUAAGUAGUCUACACUAAUGGUAAUAAGAGUAUAUUAAAGAACAUUCAUUAUAAAACACGGAUAUUUUCCACAUCAGAAGAACAAGAAGGAAUAGUAUUCGAGAUGAGUAAUCGGGAGGCUCACGGAGCGUCGUCAACAUCAUCCUCGGCAGGACAUUCGAGGCAGCCUGAGGAACAAGUGCGAGAAGAUAUCUUGCAGCAAACUCUUGCACACCUCUGUGGUGUUUCUAGACGAACACUUAACAGAAGGCUGAAGGAGCACUCCCUCUCUGUCAGAGGCUGCUAUUCCAGUAUAUCUGAUGAUGAACUUGAUCGUCUCGUGAGGGCAAUAAAAUCAAGAAUGCGAGUGAACUUCUGGCUACAGGGAACCGCAUACAAUGGCACAGAGUGAAGGCCAGUAUGCAGCGGGUGGAUGGAGCUGGAAUUUUGGCCAGAAUGAUCCAGCUUGGUUUUAUAGCCCGUAGAACGUAUUCUGUUCCUGCACCAUUGUCACUUGUUCAUGUGGAUACCAACCAUAAACUAAUCGCAUUCAACAUUGUGAUAUUUGGUGGGAUUGAUGGAUUCUCUAGGAAGAUCCUAUAUCUUGAUGCUGCUGCAAAUAACAAAUCAUCGACCGCCUUCUCAUUCUUUUUGGAGGGUGUUCACAAACAUGGAUGGCCAUCAAGAGUACGUGGUGACCAGGGAGUUGAAAAUGUGGAAAUUGCACGUUGCAUGUUUUCUGUACGAGGAACUGGCAGAGGCAGCUUCAUUUCUGGAAAAAGCGUGCACAAUCAAAGAAUUGAGCGUCUAUGGUGCGAUGUUUGGUCAGCUGUCUCUUGUAAGUACUAUGAAGUACUGCAUACAAUGGAAGAAGAGAGAGUGCUUGACUUGUCAGAUGAACUGCACCUCUUUUGUGUGCACUAUGCCAUUCUUCCACGGCUGAAAUUUGACUUGAAGUGCUUCAUGGGUAGCUGGAACAACCAUCCCAUCAGAACAGAGGGAAAUCUUUCACCAGAACAGCUUUGGUACAUUGGAAUGUUGUAGACACCAGUGGCUGAGCCAGAUUUAGAGAUGGUGGAGCAACUUUUUCAAGAGGAAAUUGUUGACAGUGACACAGAGGAUGAUGGUGUGGUGGUGCCAGAGAUCUAUUGUCCUUUAUCAGACCAAAAACUCGCUGUUCUGCAUGGAUUGAUUAAUCCUUUGACAUCA